UUCAAUACGUGUCAUAACCUCAGUGAAGUGCAACAAGAGAUUAUCUUUGUAAAACGCGCAUAAAACUCGGAUAAAUGGAGGAAAACAUUGAGAUCAAGGAUUCGUUAGAGUCAGCUAACGAAUUGCCGGUAGAAAAUGUCGAGGAAGAGGAGAAAUCGCAGGUGAAAUUAGAGAUCCUCGAAGUCCCUGAGACUGCGCCUUCUCAACAACCAGUUUAUCAAAUACGACCACAGCUACACGAGAAGUUUAAACCCUUAAGUGCUAAAGAAGUUAUACAUAAUGUAUUGUUCGAUCAGCUCUCUGCGAAAACGUACGACAGCCAAGAAGCUGUUCAAUGGACCAAAGAUAUAGCAGAUAUAAUUAGAGAGAAAGUUAAAGAGUUAAAGUUCAAACGUUACAAAUAUAUCGUAAAUGUGGUUUUGGGUGAGCAACAUGGUGCAGGGAUAAAAAUGGGUACGAGAUGUAUUUGGGACGCAGAAGCAGAUACAUAUGCUUAUGAUAGUUUUAUAAAUGACACAAUAUUCUGUGUGGCUACUGUGUACGCUGUAUAUUUUUAUUAAAGAGAUCCCUACCAAUGUGCUAUAAUACAAUUUGAUAUUUAGUGAUAAGACUGUAUUUUAAAGUAUGGAC